AUGGGGCAAACCUUCGAUUAUUUAAAACACAUGGUCGUGAAUUUUAAGGUGGAUAUGUGUUGCUGGUUGGCUCCAGUGAAAAUUGGCCUACUUAUUAUAGCGUACUUAAAUAUUAUUGUACAGGCAAUAUCACUAAUUGGUUUAUCAGAUGAUACUUUCGUUUCGCUUACAAUGUAUGUGCAGACAGCUAUAUUAGAUGAUAACGCAAAGAAAUCACUUCCAGUCCUCGGCCAUGCUAUUGACCUUUCGUUUACUGUAAUACUACUGUGUGCUGUUUAUCGGAAAGACAUACAAUUAAUGCGGUUAUACCAGCGGUACUGCAUCGCUGCAGUGAUCAUGUCCGUUUUGGUUUAUUCCAUGAUCGUAGCGGCUCUCGGCGUCCUACUUGGUAUAGUUUUGGUCAUGGAUAUAGUGUUCCAAUUAUAUGUCUUAGUGUUAGUCCGAAGUGCGAUAGUAGAAAUCAAACAAGAGAAGAAGGAUCAGGAGUUACAAAGCACAUAUGUGAUGAGUACAUUGACCUUAAAAUCAAAGGAAGACAAGAUUGAACCUGAUGUCGAAGCCCCGCCAGAUGCUGACGAAACUGAAGUUAAACUUGAAAACGGCGAGAAGAAAGACAGGCUGGAGACUGUAGACGAACGUCCUGAAACCUCUCAUUCCGAGGAGCCGAAAACCCAACAAGAAGUCAAAGAAAAUAAGUAA